UAGCUGUACAUAAAAACCAAACCCAAGUGGACGCCCAACCACCAUUAUUUAUUCAAUCACUCCACCCAACUAUUAGUUCAACACUCUUGUAGUUUGUAAUCCUAAAGAAGCUACUACUUCAAUUUCUAUGAUCCAAUGGGCUCCCUGGCAGAAACCCAAAGCCAAAUCCAUAGUGACACAGACAAAGAUCAAGAACAUUCCUCAUAUGCCAUGCAGCUUGUUAACUUAUCUGUGCUGCCCAUGGCCCUUCACGCAGCAAUUCAACUGGACAUUUUUCAGAUCAUUGCAGAAGCUGGUGCAGAUGCCAAGCUCUCACCACAAGAGAUUGCUUCCCAGUUGGCCACUUGCAGUCCAGAUGCACCCAUGAUGCUGGAUCGCAUCCUCAGGCUCCUAGCCACCCACAGCGUGGUCACUUGCUCUGUUGAUUUUGACAAUCACGGUGAUCCUCAGAGGCGAUAUGGUUUAGCACCUGUGUCCAAGUACUUCAUCCGAAAUGGAGAUGGUGUUUCUUUAGGCCCCUUGCUGAUGUUGGUUCAGGACAAGGUCUUCUUAGAUAGUUGGUACCAAUUGAAGGAUGCAAUUGUUGAAGGAGGAAUUCCAUUUAACAGGGUCCAUGGAAUGCACGCUUUUGAAUACCCAGCUAGAGAUUCUAGGUUCAAUCAAGUUUUUAAUGAAGCAAUGAUGAAUCAAACCACCAUGUUUAUCAAGGAGAUCCUUGAGUCCUACAAGGGUUUUGAGCAUCUUAGGCGGUUGGUUGAUGUUGGUGGGGGUCUUGGAGUCACCCUUAGCUUCAUCACUGCCAAAUAUCGUUCCAUCCAAGGAAUUAAUUUCGACUUGCCUCAUGUUAUUCAGCAUGCUCCACCAUACCCUGGUGUUGAACAUGUAGGAGGGGAUAUGUUCGAAAGUGUUCCCAAGGGAGAUGCCAUUUUUAUGAAGUGGAUACUUCAUGACUGGAGCGAUGAUCAAUGCGUGAAGCUGUUGAAGAAUUGUUACAAUGCUAUACCAGAUGAUGGAAAAGUAAUCAUUGUGGAUGCAAUUGCUCCGAAUGGAGACAUUUCGUGGACACCAUUCUAUGAUUCAGGAUUUCCGCCCAGUAAUGUGGACGAUAUUAUGUGCUGUGAAAACAAGCUCCAUGUCCUGACUGUUGAUGGUAAUAUUCAUACUUGGGAUUUAGAGAGGGGUUAUCCAGAAAAUAAAAUCUACAAUGGAUAUGCUGCCCCCAAUCACACAUUUCGAAGACCCAAUUGUUUCAUCUCUCGAGUUUAUCUGGUUCAAUCAGAUGGGGAGAUUCUGCUUGUUGCAAGGAAUGUGCUUAUUGCAGGGAAUGUGCUAGAGGAGGAUGACCAUGAUUUCACUACUGAGAUAUUUCAUGUAUAUAAGCUGGAUUUGGAAGGGCGAAAAUGGGUAGAAGUGGAAACUCUUGGGGAUGAUCGAUCAUUGUUUUUAGGUCAAAAUCAAUCCGUAUCAGUAUCAACAAAAGAUUUUAGUAGAUGCAAGGGGAACUGUAUUUACUUCACCCAUGAUGAUCAUGUUUUAAAUCUGCUUGAAGGUAGUGAAAUAGGCAUGCGCAUCUACAGCUCGAAGGAUAGAAAAAUUUCACCAAUUUUUGAGUUUCCUUUAGAGACACUCUCGAAGUUCAGCCUGAUACCCUGUUGGCUCAUUCCAAGUUCCUGCUAAUUCAUGGAGAAGUAGCACUGUUAGUUUUUUGAAUCUCAAUUAUGCUCUUUUUUUAAUGGAUAUUCAAACUGAUUAUUGUUCUGUACUUCUGUGAAGGUGUUCCAUAUAUGCAAUGACAAAGAAAGCUUAGUGUUUUAUUGAUAUUGCUUGUUUUAAUGUAAAUAAUAAAACAGAAUCUGUAUUUAGAUUUCUAACAGAGCUAAUAUGCCCAGUAACAGAAGCCAAAAUGGUAAUUUUCUGAAGCACCUUGAGAUCAACAACUUGAUUAUGCUGUGCUGGAGGAAUUUUCAUAUCUAUUAUGAUCUUAGAUAUUGUAGCCAAUGCAAAAUAUGACUCUA